AUGUUGUUCUUCAAAGAAGGGGUGGUUGUGUUGACUGUGUCAGUAGGCGCAGCACUUGGUCAGAAUGCUAUCACAGCAGCAGGGACAAAUUUCACCCUGAAAGCGGAUGGCAUGUCAUACCUGUUUCAUGUCGAGGCAGACUCUGGAGAACUCAUAUCAGACCAUUUCGGAGCACCCGCAUCUGAUUUCACACCACCAGCGGAGAUUCUUGCUUGGGGGUGGAACGGCGAGAAAGCAAAUUCGCGCAGAGAGUUUCCCGACAUUGGACGCAGCGACUUCAGAUUGCCCGCAAUCCACAUUGAACACGUUGAUGGCGAUGCUGUAUCCGCCUUCGUCUAUCGCUCGCAUGAAGUGAUUGAGGGGAAACCAUCUCUACCCGGCCUUCCCGCCACUUAUGGAGAUGCUGGUGACGUGACGACGCUGAUUGUGCAGCUCUAUGACAACGUCUCUGAUGUUUCCGCGGCACUGUCGUACUCGGUGUUUCCUAAAUAUAACGCCAUUGCAAGGAGCUUCAAGAUCACCAACAAUAGCACUAAUGAUCUGGUCGUUGAUAGAGCGUUUAGCUUCAGCACCGACUUUCCCAACGUUGAUCUUGACAUGAUUGAGCCGCAUGGAGAUUGGUCGUACGAAUUUCAGACAGUGAAGCGAAAGGUCGAUUACGGCGAGACAACGUUCCGAAGCAGCGUAGGAUACGCUUCACAUCUUCACAACCCCUUCUUUGCUCUUGUUUCCCCAUCAACAACCGAGAGCAUGGGAGAAGCAUGGGGGUUCAACCUCGUGUGGACUGGUAGUUUUCAAGCUACGGCAGAGAGAUUCUCCAAUGGCUUCGUCCGCGUACUUCUCGGACUAAAUCCCUUGCACACCAACAUACGGCUCCGACCAGGCGAGUCCUUCCAGUCCCCUGAAGCUGUGGCAGUGUACUCCUCCGAGGGUAUUGGCGGUAUGUCACGGGCCUUCCACGAUCUCUAUCGUAGCCAUCUUUCACGGUCAAAGUUCACCAAAGAGACGCGACCCAUCUUGUUGAAUUCCUGGGAGGGGCUCAGUUUCAACAUCAACGAAACCUCGCUCCUCAGCCUCGCAGGCGAAGCAGAAGCACUUGGGAUCCAGCUAUUUGUCACCGACGACGGCUGGUUUGGCGAGGCCUACCCCCGCAACAACGACACCAUGGGUCUCGGUGACUGGACACCCAACCCAGCCAAGUUCCCCGACGGCUUGCAGCCCUAUGUGGCAUCGGUGAACAAUCUCACGGUUCUCAACUCGACUACUCCACUCCAGUUUGGGAUUUGGGUGGAACCAGAAAUGGUCAACCCAAACUCCAGUCUCUACCAAGAUCACCCAGAUUGGGUUUUGCACGCAGGCAAACACCAGCGAACUCUCGAACGAAACCAACUUGUGCUCAACGUUGGCCUGCCCGAAGUCCAGGAUUUCAUCAUCAGCACUGUUUCACGCAUCCUCGACUCGGCCAAUAUCCAGUACGUCAAAUGGGAUAACAAUCGCGGCAUCCACGAACUAUCCCACCCAUCCGACGACUACAACUACAUGCUCGGCCUCUACCGCGUGCUCGACACCCUCACCACCCGCUACCCAGACGUGCUCUGGGAAGGCUGCGCAUCAGGCGGCGGACGCGUCGACGCAGGACUCCUGCACUACUGGCCACAGCACUGGCUCAGCGACAACACCGACGCAUCCGACCGUCUGACCAUUCAAAUGGGCACUUCGCUCGUCUACCCGCCUUCGGCCAUGGGCUGCCACGUCUCUGCCGUCCCCAACGGGCUCACGCGACGCAACAUCAGCAUCGAGUACCGCGGCCAUGUGGCCAUGAUGUGCGGCAGCUUUGGCCUCGAGCUCAACCCUUCUGAGCUCAGCGGCGCAGAAGCCUCGGCGGUGCCCGACAUCAUCGCGCAAGCCCACCGGCUCAACCCCCUCGUCAUCACCGGCGCCUUCUUCCGCCUCGCCCACCCGGCUACCACGCGCUGGCCGGCGGUGCAGUUUGUGUCUGCGGACAAGAGCCAGAGCGUGCUCUUUGCCUUUCAGCAAAUCUACGUGGCCAAGCCUGCGCCUCCGCCGUUGAGACUGCAGGGCUUGGAUCCGAGCGCCAGGUAUAGGAAUGACUUGGAUAAUGCAACCUAUAGUGGUGCCACGUAUAUGAACAUGGGGCUGAACAUUCCGUGGCCGAGGGGGGAUUAUCAGAGUCGGCUGGUUUGGCUGGAGAGGCAGUGA